AGACGCCUCACAGCAGGAGACUGUGGACAGUGUAGACACUGUGGAGAGUGUCGAUACUGGGGAUCAGCCCUUGCCCUCCUCCACUUCUGACGCUGGGACACAGUGUUCUUUGAAGCCCCCCCCGAUGGUCUCACGCUGUGCAGGUUAACCUGAAGCCCAAGAUGGUCAGCGUGGGCACAUAGACAUCAUUCGGCACACAAACCUCCACUCCCCUUGCUAGUCCUGAACAGACAGAUGAAGAUGAUGAUAAUGCCUCUGUCAUCAGUGACUUAUCGUGGGUGCCCGAAGAGCCGAUGCAUGAGGAGGACUUGUUUGAUGAGGAGCCACCUUACACGUGUGACCCCCAUCACAAUGGCAUUGACAUUCAUUGUUUGCCAAGAGGAGCUGAUGGGCCUUUUUGUCAUCUGUCCGGCCUGUUGUGAGAGGUCAGAUAGUAGCAUCAUGCAGCAGGAAGGAACUUUUCUUAAGAUCAAGCAGGUCUGUGCAUCAUGUGGCUACCACCGUUUCUGGCAAAACCAGCCAAUGCUCCACAGGAACAUGCCGACCUGCAACCUCCUGUUAAGCGGGGCCAUUCAUUUCACUGGAUGUUUGGCCACCCAGACAUUAAGAAUGUUGACUCUGUUUGGCCUGCAGUGCAUCAGUGCGAGCAGUUACUUUCGCCAUCAGCGCGCUACACCAUCCCUGGUGGCUUUAGUCAGAUUCUCCUGGGCACUGCUCGAAGUAUGGAUCCUACUCUCGAUCGAGGACAGAGUGAACAAGGUGGUGGAUGUUCAGCUUGUUCAGAGCUCAGAGGUCCCCAACAGCUCAUGGUGUGAGCUUGAAGGGCUCAAGCGCAGUGUUGGCCUGCUGAGGGGAAAGGACCUGCAUUUAGCAACGCUGAUCACGGACCGUCAUCGCCAGGUUGCCAAAUGGUUGAGAGAGGAGCUGAGCCCUGAAGGGACACGGCAUUAUUUUGAUGUGUGGCACAUUGCCAAAAGCUCAUUGGCAGCAGUAAAGUUGGAGAACAUAAUCACGAGGACUGCCUUACUGAAAGAUGUUCGACAGCUGUCUCCACAGCAUCAGACAUUCUCCCUUGAGGCUUACCACUCCCUCAUCUUGCACUUCGCACCCAAGCACACAGGGUUUUCAUACGUUGGGAUGUAUAGCAGGCUUCUCUUAGCGGCGCUGCAUUACAAUCACAAUGCCAACCGUGAGACAGCACGGAAAAGUGAUGGGACGGAGAAGUACUGCGUGCGGUAUCCAGGCUUCAGAAAAGGUGCCCAUGUGGUGCGUCCCAUCCAAGAGGCAGCCUCAUACGGUUAUGCAACAUCAUUGAUGAAGGCCCUUCAGGAAAGCUACACCCAUUCACCUGCAGCUCUUCGAGAGACAAGUCCAAUGAUUUAGUUGUAAGUAUUUAUUUUAGUUGUUAUUUAUCUUCUUUCCUUCUGUCCCUGUCAUCUCAUUUGGUGGUGGUUUCCUGUAUUCUGCAUGUUUUGUGUGUUGUUGCUUUGGUUUUACUUUGCACUAAAUCAUUACUUUUUUUCGUCUUUGUAAGUGGCAUUAAUUGUCGCUGUACCCCAUUCAAGGGGUCCUGCAUGCUGCAUGUCUGCUCCUCUGUCUGUUAUUUGCAUGAAAUUUGUUUUAUGUAAUUCAAAAUAAUUUACCAAUCAUUUUACCUGUGCCUUGUCAACCUCUGUGUGCGGUGUUGUCUGGGUUCACUGUGUGUCAGCUUGAUAUGCUUUUGCAUGUAUCACUGCAUAUGCAUUCAUGAGUGUGAGUGUGUGUGAGUGUGAGUGACUGUGUGUGAGUAAGUGAGUGUGAGUGAGUGCGAGAACCAUCAGUUGACCCUCAGGUAAGACCACACUUUUGCAGGCAAAAGAAACAAUGUGCAAAGGUUUCAGGUCUAGUCCUUCAUCAGUGGGCUUUUUUUAUAUAGAUUUGUUUACAUGCAACCUGUGCCUUUGUUCAGUAAUCCUUGUCCUUGUUCAGUAAAUGUUUAGUAACCCUUACAAGCA